AUGCUACACUUGCCUGCCUGCCCUAAAACGUCUAAUUCCGCUGUUCCCGACUUGUACGCAGCACUACAACUCGGCCUUGGCUAUCCUUACUACGGUUUCGGCUACGGCAUGCCUUACUACGGCAUGGGAUACGGUAUGGGUAUGCCUUACUACGGCAUGGGCUACGGCAUGGGCUACGGCAUGGGCUACGGCAUGGGCUACGGCAUGGGUAUGCCUUGGUACGGAAUGGGCCUCGGAUUUGGAAUCGACUACGACUACUACGGCAUGGGUGGCUUGGGCAUGUACGGCAUGGGAAUGUACGGCCUCGGCAAGAAGUGA